AAACAAUCUGGUGCUGGCGGUAAUUCACAAUUGAACUUUUCAGAAAUAGCAAUUCAAGAAAUCAAUACACAAUUUUCAAGCUUUAAUAUAGAGGAAGACAGCACAAAUAAAAAAUCAAAAUUUUCAGAUGAUUCAGAUGCUUCAGAAAAUGAU